GAAGCGGAAACGGAAAAAGCAAUUUGGCGUGUUGUAGCUAACUUAUCAGCACCUCAUGCUAUUGUAAUUAAAGCUCCUCUAACAUUUAACAUGAAUAAGCUAGGUCAAGCACAAGACUUUGAGUCAUAUGAGAUCGAAGAGCCGAGCGACGAAGAGCGGGCCGCCAGCAGUUCGGAGGAUGAGCUGGACGUGCUCCUGAACGGGACUCCGGACCAGAAAAAGAAGCUGAUCAGAGAGUAUCUAACUGGGGAGAGCGAGUCAUCCAGCGAGGAUGAUUUUGAAAAAGAGAUGGAGGCAGAGCUCAGCUCCACCAUCAAGACCAUGCAGGGAACCUGGGGACCAGCAGCAGAGACCUCAAAACGACCAGGAGGAGGAGGAGGAGCAGAAGGGGAAGGAAGUGCUGUUGGUGGUCCUGGACUUUCUAACCCACAGAUGUAUGAUGAGGUUUAUUUUGACUCUGACUCAGAGGAGGACGGCACACCGAGCAGCUCAACAAGCCAGAGGCAGAGACAGCGGACCAUUCCGACCAAUGACGAGCUGCUGUACGACCCCGACGAGGACGACAGAGACCAGGCCUGGGUUGACGCCAGGAGGAGAGAGUACAGCAGAAGAAAACGACCUGCUGCAGCUUUUCACUCAAAGCUUCGCCACCCUCAAGCUUUGCCUCACAGCGACGCUGUGCUUAACUGUCCCGCCUGCAUGACGACGCUCUGCCUGGACUGUCAGAGGCACGAGAAGUACCGCACGCAGUAUCGAGCAAUGUUUGUGAUGAACUGCACAGUCAAGAGAGAGGAGGUGCUGCGUUACAAAAACCAGCAGGAGAAGAACCGGAGGAACAGGAAGAGGAGGAGGGGACAGCAGACAGAGACGCCUGCGGAUGAGAGUCCAGCAGCGAUGGGGAUGGAUGCUGAUGAGGUGUACCACCCGGUGCAGUGCUCUGAGUGCUCCACUGAGGUGGCCGUGUUCGAUAAAGAUGAGGUUUACCACUUCUUCAACAUCCUGGCCAGCCACUGCUGACAAGGACUGAACGAGGUCUGAGCUGGACUUUGUCUCUUAACUUCACACCUCGUGGCUCAGAUCUUUGUCUUUAUAUCCAAAAUGCUCACCAAAGCAAAGCUAAAGGGGAGUGAACACUGGACGUGUGCUCAUCACUUUAAGUUAACGCUGUUAUUGUUCUGUAUUUGCAGGAUGUGUAAAUGUCCAUCUUCUUUUUUCUUUUUCUUUUUUUUUUUGCAAAUAAGAUCAUGGUGCCAGUGAUAACCUGUCAGUGUUGUGUUUCCAGCAGUUACAACAGUUUUGACAGCUUUUUUUGCUUCAGCGUCACGGCUGAGAUGGCAAGUCAGUCUGUGAUCAGUCGCCUGAUCAUGUUUGUCAUACACAUUUUGAACACAUUGUUCAACAGGUAACAAAAAUGAAAUCCUUUUCAGGAUUAGAAAAAAUGUACCACCUCAUGUCUGUAAAACUUUAAGUGCUGUGCCUGAACACAACCUUUUGCCGUUGA